CGAUCUGUCUUGUCGUCGCCGGAUAAGGAUGACCGUUGCUACACGACCAGGGGAUCGGCAGCGUUGGUAUGCGAGGGCGAGAACGCCAACGAAAGAGCCUCGGCAGCCUCUCUACCUCGAUUCUUCGUUUCACUGUCGAACAAGGAGAAGGAGGAGGACUUCAUGGUGAUGAAGGGGUCCAAGCUGCCGCAGCGACCCAAGAAGAGAUCCAAAUUCGUCCAAAAAUGCAUACUCUUGGUGAGUCCUGGAGCAUGGCUGUCAAAUCUCUCACAGGAGAGGUAUGUAGUUAGGGAGAAGAAGGGAUCAAGAAAGAGGAGAAGAGGAUUAAAGGCCAUGUCCAUGGAGAGUGAUUCAGAAUGA